AAAUGAUCAGAUCCUGUUCGAUCUCAAAUCCCACAUCAUGUUCGUUAUUUGUCAGUGGUUGGUCUAGAAAUUUUUUGUUUUUUCGAUUCGAAAGUUUUCACCUUUUUCCGUCGAACACUCCUCCGGCAAAAGACCCUCAAAAUUCAAUGUUUGCUUUGAAAUCAAGAGCCCGUCCUUAGAGCGUACUGGAGUGGAGCCGCCGUCGAUUCCUAGUUCGAGUCCGAGGGUUUGAUUGAACUCGAAAUCCACACGUCUACCGUGAAGCCGAAGGUCCGUCGUCGCACUCGUGAACUAUGUGACAGCGGCACUUUGAGGAUAGCGCCAGGGCCGGGUUUACCAUUGAGCCUCCGGAGGAGCCGGAAUCACAGCCUGAGAUUACGACGCCGCAGGGCAGCAGUUUCGAGGAGGAGCAGCAGCAGCAGCAGCAGCAGCCGAUCCACGGACGAAAGCGAACCCGGCGCCAUGGCCAUUCACGAGCAGAUCGACAACCUCAACAUCUGGUGGUUUCCGCGCGACUUCUGCCAGUCGCGGUUUGGCGAAUUCCAGCAGAGCGGCACCAACUCCUGUACCCUCAUAUCCCUGAUACUGGCCGACAAAGUGUCCAAGGCGGAGAGGUUCUACCACCGGGUAUCCGAUCUGCCGAUGCGCGGCUGGGAGCUCUUCGGCAAUGCCAUGAACGACGGCAACAAUGUGUACCACAAUGUGAUCACAACCAACACACCGCAGGCCAGGAACCUCAAUCUAAACAUUCCGGAUGCGAUCGCUGCCAUUCGAUCGCAGCACAAAAUGAACUUCCGGCUGGAGGAGUGGUUCUACACGCACAUGGAGGCCGACCCCAGGAAUCCGAUGUACAAUCGAAACGUGGCCGUGCAGCUGUCCCGGAUUUUCCACAUCACGAUGCAGGUAUUUCAGCAGGCCAACGGGCGGGAUAACAUGGCCACGCACCUUUUUGCCGCCAUUAUUGCGGACAGUCGAACGGUGAUGGUAACCUUCGAUUUCCGAUCCUCGAUCGUCGCCCUCUUCGACUCGCACCAGCACGGCCGGGAUGCGGGCGCCGUCUUCGCCCAGUGCACGCUCCAGAACAUGGACGACCUGCUUUUCUGGUUCAUCAGCAUGCUGCACAACGUCUACUCCAGCCGGCCCUCGCUGUUCGAGAUCUCGUUCCUCAGCUCGCAGCCGGGUGUGGCCAAGCGCAUUCCGCCGGCCAUCAAAAAGAUCGCCGGCGAGCUGAAGAAGCCGCUUAAGAUGAACAUUCCCAGGCCCUAGCACUGAUCAUCCAUCGUGACAAGGAAAAUCCAUCCAGUACUCCCACCUACUAUCAAAAAGGCAGGUCUAAGAGCGGGCCAAAAGUUUUAAACUAGUCGAAACCAAUUUAUCGGACCAUUUACGAACAAAAUCUUUAAGUUUCCAUAGACAAAAUUGUGCGUUUGGGAAAAUUCAAAAUUUUCAGUAGACCAUAAACCAAUAAAUAACGAACACCA